AUGUCCGAUAACACUUUUAUUAAAGAACUUGAAUUCGUACAACUGCUUUGUAAUCCCGAUUAUUUGAAAUGGUUAUUCGAACAAGGAUAUUUUGAAAAUAAAUCUUUUAAAGACUUAAUUAAACAUCUUCAAUAUUGGAAAGAAGAUAAAUACAAAAUAUAUUUAACAUAUCCUUAUUGUCUGAACAUUCUUGACAUACUUAAUAAGGAGGAUGUCAUUCAAACACUAAAAGAUGAAUCUUUUUAUGUAAGAAUAGCACAAGAACAAUUUUUGCUUUGGAAAUCUAGGCGAGAUGAUUAA